AUGGCGCGGACGAUGGGAGUGGCAGUGCUCUCCGUGGCAGUUUCUCGGUCAUUUUGCAAGUUGCUCUGCGGACGAAACCGGCCGUAUGCUGCGAUAGUUUUUUUCCAUGGAUCCGAGGUGAUGUGCUUCAUGGGAAGGUUGGCCUUCACCCCGCAGCAAGGCCAGGCGAACCAGCAGCGCAGCCUCACGCAGCGCCAGGCCCUCCGGGAAGCGGGUCAAGCCAAGGAGGAGGAUGCCGCGGUGAUGGCGGACAUCCUCAAGAUCAAGUCCUUCUACGAGGAUGAGACCAUCUUCGAGGAGCUCAGCCUGGUGCAGAACGACUUCAACCUCACCGAGGUCGAGCGCGCGGAGAAGAUCCUUGACAUGGUGAAGCCUCUGAAGUCCACAGUGACGCCCAAGUUCGUCAAGUUCCUGGCCAAGAAGAUGCGUCUCAAGGGCUUGAAGGCCAUUUGCCUCGAGUACGUCCAGAGCGCCUACUUCAAGGAGUCCGUUGCCCCGGUGAAGGUGACGUCUGCUGUGCGCUUGUCGGAGGCGCAGAAGGAGAAGAUUAUCGAGAAGAUGAAGGUGAAGUGCGAGACGGACAGCAUCAAGUUGAUCGAGGAAGUGGACGGAAACCUUAUCAGCGGAUUCAAGUUGGAGUGGGGUUACAUCGACCCUGAGAAGCUCGACGCUCCCAGCCACGGCGUGGACCUCUCCCUCAGGAACAUCCUGAACAAGAAGGCUCUUCAGGUGGGAGGCCUCGUGGAUGCUCUCUAA